AUGCGUCGACCCGAAACGUUGAAGAUUGAUAUCUCAAGGUACAAGGGAACCGACGAAGACUUCCUGUUGAGAUGGUUCAUGGAGUUAGACGACGCCAUCAGGGCCCGUCACAUCGAGGGUGACGAGAUGCAAGUCACCUUCGCCCUGUCAAAUUUGACGGGACGAGCAAAGAAUUGGGCCUUAGGGCUCAAGAUUCACGACCCAAACGUGUUUGAGUCGUUGCAGAUAUUGAAGUCUCGGCUCAAAGAGACGUUUGAGCCUCAGAGCACGCUCUGCACUCUUGAGGCUAAAGCAAGGAAAGCGUGA